AUGCCUGGAACUACAGCCCCUGGUAGCCGUUGGGCUAACUCCAGACUUCCCCGCCAGCCCCUGACUGCAUCUAUGAAUGCCAAUUCUAGCCAGACUCAAGUCACAGCUCCUCCUGCUCAAGGCGCUCCUCUCAAUAACCCCACUCCCGCCGAUUCAGGCAGUCACUCGUCGGCUUACGCCACUAAAAACGCAGUGAGCAACUCUGAGAUGGCAAGUAUGGCCACUGUCCCCGCCAAUGGCGAUCGCUCUUCUGUUCCUGAUCCCGUCGGUUCGGCGGUGAUGGGAUCUAUGGCCAGCACUGCUGCUGCUCAGAACGCCAAUGAAAAGAUUUCUUCAGUGGAGAUGUUCAUGAACAUGUACUAUGCUCAGCCGGGUCCCCAGAACUUCUCUGCUGGACUCCCCUUCCCCCAGGCUCAGGGUUCUGCAGGUGCUCCUCUCCAGGCCCCGGUCGUUGACCCCUCUAUGCUGCGCCAUCUUCAGCAGUAUUGGAAUCCCGCCAACUCGGGCACCUGGAAGCCGGCGGGAGAUGGCAUGCGCACCCAGGAGGAUCAUGCUCGAUACGUUGAGCGUGGACAGCCCAAUACUCUUCAGAACGAGAACGCGGCGGUCUUCAGACAGGUCCUUCAGAAUGUUGCGAACGGUCUACCCCCGACUUCCACUUCGAACUCGGCUUCGACUUCUCCUAGUCAGAAGGGCGUUCACAAGCGCAAGAACACUACGGUUUCGGCGCCGCCCAAGAUGACGGAGGAAGGAUCUCCCGCGCUGCUCAGGGGAAGAACUAUGGAAGUCGACGUCGCUGGCAUGUCUCGUGGCCCCGGAACACCUGUUGUUCAGGAGAAUCUUGUCCAAUUCGUCACGCCUACCAGCACCCAGCGGGUCGGUCUGCUUUGCCGCAAUCCCUCAAACAGCCGAAACAACACCAGCCCGACCACGGGAAGAACUCGCCAGAUAAGCCCCCUGGCACCUGCCGGAAGCCACAGCGCUCACUCGUCGAUGCAGUCUAUUGUCAAUCCCAACGAUGCUUUGGCAGGCUCUUCUAGCGACUCUUCCAGCGCAAACGGCCUUCUAGAGGCCGUGAUGAGAGCCCAGUCGGCUACUCCUACCCCCCAGACACGAGCAUUGAUCCGACAGCAUCAUGGUCUUGCCAAGAGUCCGACUAGCCAGGCCUCGACUCUUCGAUCUCCAUCGCCCAUCUAUGGCCCUUUGGAAUUCCUCCCUGUCCCGGACGAGAUCCGCAAGAUUCGCUCCGACUGGUUGAAUCGAUUGGUCGGUCCUCACGGCCAGCCCACUGUCGAAGAGAUGCUCCACGCGAAGAACAUGCCGUUUGUUGAAACGUGCUACGUUGCUGAGCGCUGCAACAAUGGCAUUGUUUGCAUUAGCAACAUUCCCUAUGAAAUCACCCGUGCCGAGAUCAUCGCCUUCCUAGGCCGUAGUGCACGCAUCCUGAACGACAAGGAGGAGCCCGUCCAUAUCAUCAUGGACCGCGUUACUAGCAAGACCAACGACUGCUAUGUCGAGUUCGUCUCGUUCCAAGAUGCUGUCAAUGCCGUGGACAAGCACCGAGCGGCUAUCAAGCUAGAGCGCCACCCUAAGCUCGGCGACCGAAACGUGGAGAUGGCUGUUUCUUCUCAGGCGAAGCUCAUGAGCGAGCUCUUCCCCACUGCUCAUGGUGUUGAUUGGCACCAAUCCCCUUACGCUUUCACGUCUGGAUCUGAAUGGGACUUUGAGAACUUCAAGGGAUUCGUUUGUGCUGAGGAGAUGGGCAUGCUCUACAAGCAUGCUGAGGCUAACUCUCACGCCUCCUAUGCUAAAGGCUGUCCCGAACGCCCUUUUGAGUGCAUGAUUAGCACCAUCAAGAAGAUGCCCUGGUACCUAACCGAGCGUAUCACCAUCAAGGAGCGUCACUAUAUCUACGAUGCUACCUUCAAGAUGGUCCAGUAUCUGAAGGAGCUCCUUGAGCGAGGUGCUAUGCGCCGAGGACAGAAGCCGGACUACAACCGCCUCACCAAGCAGCUUCUCAACCGACUUGUGAAGUCUGCCAUGCUCUGCCCGGGCUUCACUGUUUGCCAGAAGGAUAACAUCGCGUACACCGUCAACCUGUCUGAACUUGACUUGCGCGAGUACAACCAGCCUCGCCUCGCCUCGCGCUGGUGCCACCAGUACACCCUCGGCGUCAAACCCGGCGUGCCCCUGGAUGUUGUUAAGUACUACAUCUCUCUCAUCCGCGCUGAAACCUCCCGAGUUGUAGACAACCUUGCUGUCCAACGAAAGCGUGCUCUGAAGCUUGACCAGAACAAGACCUCCGACUACUGGGGCUUCUUCUGGUGCGAGAUGGGUCUGCCGUCCGGAGGUGCUUUCGAUCGCAUGACGCUAGCUGACGUCGCUGCUCUGGAGUGGGACGCCAUCGAGAAGGUCAUCCGCCGUGCUAUCACGGGAGGAGAGCUGCCUUCUUACUAA